AUGUCUGUCAAUCAAGCAUACGCGAAGGUCCCCGGCGACGAUGAAGAAAAGUACAACAAUGUCGCGGAGGCGUCAAAUACCGUGCCAGAGGACUCCGCGACGACCAAACCAAGCGUAACCAACAGUCCCAUGAUCGCUAUCUUGUCCUAUUGCGGAAGCUCGAUUCUCAUGACUGUCACAAACAAAUAUGUUCUGGGUGGGCGAGACUUCAACCUCAAUUUCUUCCUCCUCUGCGUUCAGAGCGUCAUUUGUCUUGUCACGAUUGAGAGCUGCAAACGUGGUGGUCUUAUCACAUACCGAGAGUUCAACAUGGCUCAAGCCAAGAAGUGGUUCCCUAUCUCGGCAUUGCUAGUUGGUAUGAUCUACACAGGCUCCAAAGCGCUGGCAUACCUCACCAUCCCGGUCUACACCAUCUUUAAGAAUCUGACAAUCAUCUGUAUUGCCUACGGUGAAGUUCUCUGCUUUGGUGGCUCAGUAACCCGCAUGGCUUUGGUGUCGUUCGGUCUGAUGGUUUUGAGCUCUGGAAUCGCUGCGUGGGCGGAUGUGAAGACUCCGGCAACACCGGGUGAUGCUGCAAACGAUGGCGGCUUGUUUUCUAUGCUCAAUGCUGGUUACGUCUGGAUGGCUCUCAACUGCAUCUGCAAUGCCGUCUUCGUUCUUGCAAUGAAGGUCCGCAUCAAGGUGACAAACUUCAAGGAUUUUGACACCAUGUAUUACAACAAUCUUCUGAGUAUUCCUAUCCUGCUGGUCUGCUCUCUCCUGCUAGAAGAUUGGUCGUCUGCCAAUGUUGCGCUUAACUUCCCGGCUGACAAUCGAACAUCAAUCAUCAGUGCGAUGGUCAUCUCUGGCUUGUCCUCGGUUUUUAUCUCUUACACCUCCGCCUGGUGUGUGCGCGUCACUUCUUCGACGACAUAUUCGAUGGUAGGUGCUCUCAACAAACUACCUCUCGCCAUCAGUGGUCUUCUCUUCUUCAACAACCCUGUCACGCUCGGUGGAUGCAGUGCUAUCGCUCUUGGAUUUGUGAGCGGUCUGGUGUACACAUAUGCCAAGAUCAACGAGAAGAAGACGAAAGAAGUGGAAGUCCUGCCGAUGACUAAGAUGCCAACGUCAAGAGAGACUUGA